GAAAAGCAUAAGAAAGCACCGUCUUCCCAGCCAAUUGAACCACUUAUUUUAAGAAGAAUUUAGAAGUAAAAAAUGUUCUUGAAUAUUUAAUAUUGAUUUGUGCAAAAAUAUCUACCUAUUUAUGAAUGUAUAAAAAAUCUGCAAUUAAGUAAUUCGAGAUUAUUUAAUUUUUCCUCGCUACUUAACAAAGGUCAUAAAAUAAUAUAAUGGCAUCCAGGCCAAAUAAAGAUAAAGAAUGCCCCCAGUGUUUCAAGACUUUCAACCGUCAGCGCGCUUUGGACGAGCAUAUCGUCACACAAAUGGUCACGUAAAGUGUGAGAUUUGCUUUGUAACUUUAAAACAUCACGUCGCCCUGGCUGAACACCUCCGCCGUAUUCACAGCGACAAACCGACACAAAUUUGUACAAUUUGCACUCGCGAAUUUCGCAGCAAACAAUAUCUCCGCCUACAUAUGAACAGGAUUCACACCACGCAAAGAGAAAGACCCCGACAUCCCUGCUCAGUUGUCGGGUGUGGGAAAACAUUUCUGGGAAAAUCUAACCUUUCCGCACAUUUUAAAGCGGAACAUUCCCAGGACCAGGUUCGAUUCACGUGCACACUUUGCCACAAGCAGCUCAAAACUCAACAAAGCCUUCAGUUCCACAUUGCUACGCAUACGAAGGAAAGAAGUUACAAGUGUGAAACAUCUGGGAGGAGUUUCACACAGGAAGGUGGACUCAACCAUCAUCAGACAACACAUGUGGAGAAAUCGGCCCGACAAGUAUUCCAGUGUCACUUAUGCCCUUCGUCAUUCACCUUCCGUGCCAACUUAUCGACUCAUAUGAAAAACUACCACGAAAAUCGGAAGACCCAAAAUCAGUGCCACAUUUGCGACAAGAGACUCACGACCCGUCGCCAAUUGAAGACCCACCUGGAUCUGCAGCACUCCACGAUGCAGAGGCCAAGUUACUCCUGCGAUAUCUGCGGGUUCGAAACGAAAUACAGGAAUAACUUCAAUUCCCACGUGAAACGGGUGCACGAAGGGGUCAAAAAAUUCCAGUGCUAUUUUUGUGCCAAGAAAUUCUUCGAUUUUAAAGAUAUGAACAGCCACAUUUGUAGAUUGCAUACGAAUGAAAAAUAGCAGGAA